UCCACUUCACAGAAAGUAGAGUCUUGAGUGUGCUCCGUUCGCAUCGCCGGCUCAAAUCGGAGAUUUGAGUAGAAAAGAGAAACCCCUGAAGACUGAAGUGCACGAAUCUAUUCCUUGAGAAUAUAAAUUCGACAUAUAUUUCCAAAAAUUAUAGUUAUGUACGCAUAGAACGUAGACGAUAGGAAGAAGAGAAAUGGGGAAACAUUCGGCUGUGUCGAUCCCAUUCCAGAAGAAGAGGUGGCUUAUGAUGAUUCUGGUAUUGUUAUCGCUCUCCACUGCCAUCGUCUUCUUCCUAAGAGCUUCUUCGUCAGAUGCUUGCAACACUGGGCAUUACCACCAAAGCAAUCAGUUUCAGGUGGCUGAUCCGGUGGGAAGCGUCCCCAAUCCGCUUAGUUUCAUGAAGUCGAAGCUCGUUCUGUUGGUUUCCCACGAGCUAUCUCUUUCUGGUGGACCUUUAUUACUGAUGGAGCUAGCAUUUUUGCUGCGAGGUGUUGGUGCAGAGGUUGUGUGGAUUACUAACCAGAAACCAGCAGAACCAGAUGAGGUGAUUUACAGUUUGGAGCAUAAGAUGUUGGACAGGGGGGUACAGGUUGUCUCUACAAAGGGUAAAAAAGCUAUAGAUAUAGCUCUUAAAGCCGAUCUGGUCAUUUUAAAUACCGCAGUUGCUGGGAAGUGGCUGGAUGCUGUUCUGAAGGAAAAUGUACCUCGGGUCCUUCCAAAAGUUCUGUGGUGGAUUCAUGAAAUGCGUGGGCAUUACUUUAAGUUGGAGUAUGUUAAGCACCUCCCUUUUGUUGCAGGUGCUAUGAUUGACUCACAUACAACAGCAGAAUACUGGAAGAAUCGCACCAGAGAGCGCUUAGGGAUUAAAAUGCCUGAGACCUAUGUUGUGCACCUUGGCAAUAGCAAAGAAUUAAUGGAAGUGGCUGAAAACAGCAUUGCAAAACGGGUUCUUCGUGAACAUGUGAAGGAAUCCCUUGGGGUGCGGAAUGAAGAUCUGCUCUUUGCAAUUAUCAAUAGUGUAUCACGAGGAAAAGGUCAGGAUUUGUUUCUCCGUUCUUUCUAUGAAAGUCUCCAGCUAAUCCAAGAGAAGAAAGUACAAGUGCCAGCAAUGCAUGCUGUAAUAGUGGGAAGUGACAUGAAUGCUCAGACCAAGUUUGAAACAGAACUACGGAACUUUGUGGUAGAGAAAAAAAUUCAAGAUCGCGUUCACUUUGUCAAUAAGACCCUGAAUGUAGCUCCCUAUCUAGCCUCCAUUGAUGUUCUUGUCCAGAAUUCCCAGGCUCGUGGAGAGUGCUUUGGGAGGAUAACCAUUGAAGCAAUGGCAUUUCAACUCCCUGUCUUGGGCACAGCAGCUGGAGGCACAAUGGAAAUUGUGGUUAAUGGAACAACCGGAUGGCUGCAUCCAGCGGGGAAAGAUGGCGUGACAUCACUUGCUGAAAAUAUUGUGAAACUGGCAACACAUGUUGAGAGGCGAUUAUCCAUGGGAAAGAAGGGGUAUGAGAGGGUUAAAGAAAGGUUUUUGGAGCACCACAUGUCCAAUAGAAUUGCUUUGGUUCUGAAGGAGGUUUUGCAGAAAUCAAAGGCUCACACUUAGCAUGACCAACACAUAUUUGAUGAUCUGGUGAUACUUCUGUUUCUGCGUAGACCUGUCUUCACUACAAGAGCAUCUUUGACAGGUGCCAGAAGAAGAGCAGUGUCUGGGAAUCUGCUCACAGAAGGAAGCUUAGCAUUAGAUUAAUGAGUGACACGGUAUUACUACGUACUAGUCCAAUUGUGGUCUUAAAAGAGGUGAUGUUAUGUGGUCAUGUGACCAUUUUGCAUGUAUGUAGACAUUCCUAACGUAUAUAGAGAGAUGAUGCUACUUCCCGCCUUGUUAGUAGAAUGAUCAAUACGCAUCCAUGGCAAUCUCAUUUUCCCA